GAAUGGACAAAGGAUGACGACCGAUUCAUAUCACUCGUUGACAAAAACCAACUGGACAGAGUCACACAACUACUGACGAAGAAGAAAAUUGAUCCCACAAAGAUCGAUCCAAAUAAAGGAUACUCCGCGUUAGACGGGAAAACCCCGCUAGCACUAGCUGCAGAAAAGGGGCAGGCAUCAAUCUGCAAGCUAUUAAUAGAAAACGGAAGUGACGUCAACGAUCCUGAUGCGGAAAAUAGGACACCGCUGCUGUUGGCGGCCUCCAAGGGGCAUCCUUCCGUGUGUGACUACCUCAUUAACAAGGGGGCACGUAUCGAUGCCCUGGACAAAAAGGGUCGGAUAUUAUUUUUUCUUUACUUUAUCAAAUUUUUUCAAAUCAAUUUAUAA